AUGUUUGAUUUUCGGAAAAUAGGUGUAUCCAAAAUAUGCGCCGGAAUUCUGCAUGGAUUUUUUAUAUUCGCCGGAUACACGGGCAUGGUGUUCUUUCGUUUUAAAAAGGAUCAAGUUGUGGCCAUUAAUCGUUCGUGGUGGAUGGAGGGGAUAUCGCUUAUCCUGCGAUUUAUCCCACUCGGUGUCCAUAUCUAUACCUACUUCAUGUAUAUUAGAAGGAUCGAAAAGUUUAUCGAGCAAAUGCUGCACUCUUUGAGACUUGUACUAUCGAUUCCCUGCUAUCUGGCGAUGAUCUACAUACAGCUUUUCCAUGGUCCAAAGGUGGUUAAGUUAAUAAAUCAGUAUCUGCGAAUCGUACGUGAAGUUAGAACGUUGGCCGUUAGAAAAAGAAUUGGAUUUGGAGGCGGACGAGAGUUUUUCCUGAUCUUCCUUUCGUUGGCCUGUCAGCUCCAGGAAAUUGCCUUUCUUUUGCGACUUUUGCGCUGGGUGGUCAAUCUGAAUAAUAUGAUCAAAUGGACCGCCUACUGUGUCCUCGUCACAUCGAGUAAUAUGAUUCUUAACAUCAGCAUCAUAUGGUACCUUAGCUUGGGCAUUAUAUACAAGGAGUUGAAUGAAUACCUGCAUUCCGAGAUGGGAAACCAAUUCGAGGUCUUGAAGGAUCCUCGUCAAAGAUAUCAGCCCUUAUACAAGCAGUUGUGGCUUAUUGUGGGCAAGCACAUUUUGGAUCUGCUUCUGCUGACCCUGUCCGUCCAAGGAGCAGUGGAUCAGUUUAAGGCCAUCCGUCGGCUUAAUUUAGAGGUCUAUCCUGUCAGUGACUUGCCCGAAUUUCAUACUAUGCUAGAGAUAUUCUUCACAUACUUGAAUUUGUACAAGUUUCGAGUUCGUAUUUGGGGCCUUUGUGAUAUCUCUAAUGAAUUGUUCAUCAUAUAUAUAUCGGCAUUAAUUACCUGGAUGGUUUUUAUAGCGCAAUAUUCAAUGCAAAUGAAAAAUAUUGAAAAAGAAACUUGA